AUGGAGCUACAGGGACAGCUCUCCAGCUGCUUGUUCUGUGCCAUACUCCUAGCAGCGAUUCCCUUUUCAGUGAGUUUUGAAGUCAUCUCGUCCCCAACUGUCACUGGGAUCAUCGGCCAGGAUGUGGUAUUACCCUGCCAGAUCUCCACCAGGAUGCAGCUGGACAAUAUGGAAGUGCAGUGGAAGAAAAUCAACCAGGCACAUAUAGAGAUUGUCCAUGAAUACAGAGCCCAGACAGGCCAGGAUGUGCCAGGGCCAAACUACCAGGGCCGGACUGUGCUGUUGAAGGAUGGAUUCACCACUGGGAAUGUGUCUUUAAAGCUGAAGAAUGUCCAACCGGCUGAUAGGGGAAUGUACAACUGCAUUGUGAAGUCUAACAAGUGGAGCGCUGAUGCUGCAACCGAGCUUCAAAUUGCAGCUGUUGCUUCUGUAUCCAUUGAUGUAUUGGGUCCCCAGGGCCAGGGGAUUGACCUAGCCUGCAGGUCAGAAGGGUGGUUCCCCAAACCUGAACUCCACUGGGUUACAAAGAAUGGGCAGGAUCUGCAGCCUGUGACCAAAACAGAGCAGGGUCGUGAACUUUUGUUCAGUGCUCUGAGCCAUGUCACAAUCCUGGGAGAGGAAACUGGAGAAAUCGGCUGCGUUAUCCAGAACAGCCUUGUGUGCAAUGGCUUAUGGCUACGAUGCUAUAUUAAAUCACUUACUGAGUGUUUACUGAAAUUGGCAUCAAGGGGAAUGUUCGGACCUGGAGAUAAUGAUGAUCAGGGGCCUGGAGAUGAUGAUGAUCAGGGACCUGGAGAUGAUGAUGAUCAGGGUGAUCUUCAGGAGAAAUUGAACCAACUCAAGACUGAAAAAGAGAAGCUUGAGAAAGAGAAUGACCAAUUCAAGAAUGACAAAGGUGAUCUUCAGGAGAAAUUGAACCAACUCAAGACUGAAAAAGAGAAGCUUGAGAAAGAGAAUGACCAAUUCAAGAAUGACAAAGGUGAUCUUCAGGAGAAAUUGAACCAACUCAAGACUGAAAAAGAGAAGCUUGAGAAAGAGAAUGACCAAUUCAAGAAUGACAAAGGUGAUCUUCAGGAGAAAUUGAACCAACUCAAGACUGAAAAAGACAAGCUUGAAACAGAGAACGAUAACAUCACUCUUGAUACAGGAACAGCCCACCCCAACCUCUCCAUUGAUAGGCAAAAGAAGAAUUUGAAACAUGAAGCCCAACCUCAACAAGUUCCACCAAACCCAGAGAGGUUCGAUUCGACUGUAUGUGUGUUGGGCUCUGAAGGAUUCUCUGAUGGAAAGCACUACUGGGAGGUGGAUGUUGGAAGCAGCACUGACUGGGACCUGGGAGUGGCCAGAAAAUCCAUACAGAGAAAAGGAAAACUUUCCUUGUCCCCUAAAGAGGGAUUCUGGGUUCUGGGUCUGAGUGGGAGAGAUUAUUGGGCAAAAACUGAUCCAUGGACCCGGGUAAUGGUGCAGAAAAAGCCCAAGAAAAUUGGAGUUUACCUUAAUUACCAACAGCGGGAGGUGACCUUUCUCAUAGUAACUGACAUGUCUGUGUUGUUCACAUUUAACGAUUGUUCAUUUUCAGGAGAGGUUUAUCCAUUCUUUAAAAAUUCACACAAAGAAACAACAAUGAGAAUUUGUUCAUAAAUUUUAAAUGGUAGUGAUACUCAGUUUUGUUAACCAAACUAAUCCAAAGCCAUCAUGGCACUGUUGACCAGACUGAACGAAAGUAACAGAAUUAUUUGCAGCCAGAAGAAAGGUGA